CGUCUUUAAAUUCUUAGUGCUUACGUGCGUGCUCCGACUUGAUUUACGGCAAUAGCGUCCGAGAAGUCUAGACAGUUAUUGUGCGCUUUGGGUUGAGUAAAAAACGUAAUGCGGAUGGACAAAAGAGUGUCAAAUCAAACCCAAAUCCACUCGCACGUUUUCAUCACCCUUCAUUCUCUUACCCACCAUCACCUUAAAAGAGGACAUCUCGUCUACAACUUUAUUUCCUCUUCCAUCACACAAACAUGUCACAAUACGACGCUCACAGCGUUUCCCGCGCUUCUAGCCUCAGUCGUAAAUCGACCGUUGCCAGUCGCAAUGCUAGUUUGAUCAAAAAGAACACUGGACCACAUGAAUUACGUCCAUCUGAUAUCUUGAUCGAACGUUUUACAGGUUGGAAGCACAUCACAAAACAAUUGAUCAGCUACUUUGAGGGUAUUGCUGAUAUCGAAUACAAUACCGCAAAAGAAUUAACAAAAUUGGGCGGUGUUAUUCAAGUUCCAUUCCGCGAAGGUAACCAAUUCUUGGGCGAAAAUGGUAUCCAAGACGUUUACUACGGCAUUCGUGAUAAGACACGUAUCAUUGCUGAUCAUCAUGCAAACUUGGCUAAAACUGUUGAAGGUUCAAUCGUCCAACAUUUGCAAAAGUUGCGCUCUGAAAUCAAGGCUCACGUAAAGAACGUUCAACAAGACACCGGCAAAUUGGCAAACAGUGUCGCAAAGGAACGUGAAAUGUCCACAAAAAUGAUCUCUGAUUUGGCACGUUCGAUCACCUUGUUGAAAAACACUCCAAUGAGCGUUACAGCCAAGGAAGACCCUUAUACCGCAAACAUGAACGUUUUCCGUCAAUUGCAACGUCAAGUGAACGAAGAAAAUGCUUUGCAAAAGAGUAUCAUUAUCAUGCAACAAAACUCUGCCCACUUCGAAGAAGGUAUUGUUCGCAGCAUUCAAUCCGCAUGGCAAACAUUCGAUGAAUGGAGUGGUCGUAUGUCCGCUCAAGUUCAAGACACAUGGUUGAGCUUGGGUCAAGAAAUGCGCAGCUUGCAACCCAACUCUGAAUGGAUCGCAUUCGCUGCUCGCAGUGAUCACUUGUUGGACCCAGACACCCCAUUGCGUAACCCUGAAACAAUUGAUUACCCUGGUAAGGAUGACCCAUCCGUUAUCCCUGUUCACCAAGGUAUCUUGGAGCGCAAGAAGCGUUUCACAAAGACAUACAAGGAAAGCUUCUAUGUUUUGACUCCUGCCGGUUACUUGCACGAACACGGCAGUUCCGACACAACCCGUCAUCCUCACCCAGAAUUGUCUCUCUUCUUGCCUGAAUGCACCCUUGGCGCACCAUCCACAAUGGCCUCCAAAUCGCACAAAUUCCACAUCUCAGCCAAGACAUCCAAUGUCAAAUCAUUGCCUGGUUUGGGCAAGAGCGAUCACGCAUACACUUUCCGUGCACGUUCUCAUGAAGAAUUGAUGGAAUGGUGGAAUGACAUCAAACAACUCAGUAAGGUUUACCUCACUUCCAGUGAACAAAUGGACCGUAGCGGACCUGUUCCUGCAGCUGUUCGUGCUGCAGGUUACCGUAGCGAAGAAGAAGAGGAAGAGGAAGAAGAUGGUUCAUCCGUUGAAGAGGAGGACGACGAAUAUGAAGAAGCAGGUGAAGCAGUUGCAAACACACAACACAAUGCCGCCCAUGAAGUCGGUGCAACCAGCGCAACUGCCGGAGAAGAACAAAUUCCAGCAUACUCUGGUGCAACAAAAGGAUCCGGAAUCGAAAUCGGAACAAACGGAUACGCAGUCGAAAAGAAGGCAGGUGAAAGUGGAGAACCAGCCGCAGGAGAACCAUCUCAAGAUGCUUCUCAACGUGCUGCUGGAAAGGGAAAGGCAGGUGAAACAGAAGCUGUUGAAUAAAAUCAUUCGCUAGCUUUGAGUAUCGAUUCAACGUCCUAAUCGAACGUAAUAAUAAAAUACCCGAAUGUACGGUCUAUUUUUCUUCCCUCCUCUCAAAAUCUUAUCGCUCAUGUAUUGAUCUACGUGAAUUCGAUAAGAUGGAAGCCCUUUUUUGUUUCUCUUCUUAUUCCACGCCUGUCUCUCAUAUCUUGUAUGUGAUCAGCCAUGCCAAGUUCCUUGACUCUUUUUUUGAUGCUACGAAAUUUUGUACAUACCUUUGACUGAUGGAAG